AAUGAUUAGAAAAUUAUUAUCAAGGUCCCUAUUUAUUAGACCACAAUUCUGCAUCAAUCACAUGUAUUCAUAUCCCAUCCAUAGACAAGCUUUGACACUCAAGAUCACUUUAAAAAGUUUAACAGGGCAAGUAUCGAGAGCAUUAAGUCAUCUGUCAAUCCAUUACCAUCUCCAAGCGAAGAGGCAGGACUCUACAUGGAAGAAAAUGAAGUAACACAUCCUAUUCCUACAUUCCAUAGGUCGAUGUCAGAUUCUUGAAAGUCUUGAAAUCCUUCGAGAAAAUAGAUGUCAAAUCCGUCAAUUGGGAAGGAGAUUUAAUUAAGGAUCUAGGUUUGGACAGUCUUGAAAGAAUAGCUUUGAUCACCUCAAUAGAGCAUGAAUUCACAGCAAUCUUUGAGGAUCGAGUAUUUGAUAAUUUAAAAUCAUUGCAAGACAUUAAAAAGCAGAUCUUAAAAGAUGAUUCAGCAUUUUGAAAUAAUAUAUAUUAUUAAAAAAAAU